AUGACACAAGAGGAUCCUGUCAAAUUCGUUGCUCCUGAGGUCGAGCGCUGGGUUUAUCCGGCUGAAACUAAAGAGAACCUUGAUUGGGCGGAGCUAACUACGAUUGAUAUUAGCACAUUUGAUCAACCAGGGGGAAAGGAAAAGCUCGCCCAGGAGCUAGCCUCAGCAAUUCAACAUGACGGUUUCUGGGCUGUUGUUGGCCACGGAAUUCCCAAAACCGAGGUUGAACGGCAAUUCGCUCUUGGAAAGGCUUUUUUUGGAAAACAAACUCUUGAGCAAAAAGCCACUCGCACUGUCAAGUUCGAGGAUGGAGAUUAUUUCGGAUACAAACCCCGCCAUGUGAAGAAGAUGUUUGGAACAGAAGUUCGUGAAAAUGCAGAAUUGAUCAAUAUCCCCAAGUUUACAGAAUCUGGUCACUUCGAAGAUAUCCACAAGGAACUUCCGUUCGUUCAAUAUUUCCGUGACGAGAUUGAACCUUUCUCCAAAAAAACUUACGAGGUUGCACGUAAACUGUUUGUGUUAUUUGCUUUGAUUCUCGAGCUUCCAGAAAACUACUUCGCGGAUAAACACAAAUAUGACGACUAUUCGGAUGAUCAUCUCAGAUACAUGCAAUAUGAACCGCGUUCUGCGGAAGACGAUGCUAAAGUGGAAAACAAUUGGGCGCGUGCACACACAGAUUUUGGAUCGUUGACUUUGCUAUUCUCUCAGGUUGUUGCUGGUUUGCAGAUAAAAACCGGUGAUGGUGAAAAUAGUCAGUGGAAAUACGUCAAACCCGUUGAUGACGGAAUUGUUUGCAAUAUCGGAGACGGCUUGUCGUUCUGGAGUAAUAGUUUUUUCCGCUCAACCAUACACCGUGUGGUUCGUCCCCCAGAAGACCAGGUGACAGCUCCCCGUCUUGGUUUGUUCUAUUUUGUGAGGCCUGGUGAUGGUGCGCAAAUUGAGGUCGCCCCUUCUCCAUUGCUUAAACGCCUGGGUCUCUACAAGGAGCUAAAGCCAAUCACUGGAACACUUUACGUACGUAGCAGAGUCAAAAAUUACCAUGACUCCACAUCUUACGACAAACGUGCUGGGGAGAAGUUUCGUGUGGGUGAUUUCGAGAUUGCUGACGGGUUCGAGUGA